UAUGUGACUGUACCAGUGAGCGAUAUUCAACAUCGUCAGGACACCCAGCGUUGGUAUACAAUGCAACUGGCCUCCUCAUCUGCCAUGCCUAUCGGCAUAAACAUUGCUUCUGGUCAAAACGGCUUAUUUGCAGUAACACAGGAAGCUUCGAACCUAUCACCCACCGCCAAAACCUCCUCACCUGCCUCCCCGAACUUUACAGUCACUAGCCAAGAAUGUUUAUCAGCAGUUAAUCCGACUCCGAGCCCAGCCACGAUUAAUGGCAAAUCAUCAAGUUCAAGCAUCAACCGACGAACCGCCUCUACUACUGCCUUGCAAGCACCUAGAAGCCAACUAAAUCCCGUAACUAAAGAAAAUAUUUCUGAUGCAUCUUCAUUAGAGCUUCUGUCAAAGCAUACGACAAAAAUUCCUGCUCACUGUCAAGUAUCUGCGCCAGUCUCACCAGCAAGUCCAGCCAAUGUAGCAGGGCCAAAUGUCGAAGAGCGAAUCACUCCAAAGCCUCGCCUGGUAGCAACACGUCUUAUGGGCUCAAGUUCGGCUAACCAACUGAUUAGCGAGAAGACACCUCGCAAGGCUCGUGAGCCACCACCAGUCGAAAAAGUUCUGCAGGCUAGUCUUCUUGAGUUUGCUGGACUAGCUGCCUCCCUGCCUGCUUCCUCGACAAAUACAUCCGGCUCAUCAGGGAUAGCUACAGAACCAGUACUGGCUAAUUUUGUCCAAGAUUCAGGAUUGGGAACGGGUGGAAAAUCGUGUCCACAAAUCCGCUUAAAGCUGCGAUAUCAGUCUAUAGAUGUCCUUGCUCUCCAAUGCUACAAUGAUCUGCGAUGGGUGAGUCCAAAAUAG